AUGCCAUUGAAAAAUUACCCCUCAAACAAAGCAACAACACUUAGAGAAAGAGAUCUGCCGUUUCAGCUAAUAGUCGUCCUUGAUAGUUUAGAUAUGCAUGUUCACAACAAGUUCUACUUGAACCCAAAAAACAUCAGCAGGUACUCUGAAGAAGAUUUCAAAUUGAAAUUCUGGUCGCACUUAAUUGAAAAAUCCUUCAGUAUCUCGCCGUUCUUCUUACACUGUCAACUAAAUGUCGUUUUUAUUAUGAACUGGGGGGAUACGGUUCCCGAUACCUUCUCUUCACUAUCCCCCAAGCUAAAGGUAGGCUUUCGAAUCCUAUUGUCUGUAUCAAGCAUGCGAUCAGACUAUUCAGUUGGCGAAUUUGCCAAGGUUGCCUCAAGUACCAAGUUUUAUGGAGACAAGUUAAAAGCCGCUCUGAUUACAAAAAAAAAAUCAUCUCAACUAUUUGCUAGCUGA